AUGAUCGGCGAUCACUACAUUACAGCUGUUCCGUGGAGGAAGGGCUUCAACCCCAGGGCUCAUUCCAUUACCUCGACUUUGGUUUGGCUCCAGCUGCCGGACUUGCCAAUCGAAUUGUACCACCCUGAGGCAGUCCUGCGCAUUGCGAGUCGAGCGGGAAGACCUAUACGCUUAGACCGGGCAACUGAAACAGGUGCAAGGGCGAAGUUUGCCCGAGUCUGUGUGGAAGUCGAUCUGACCAAGCCGUUGCUAUCAAAAUUCAAAGUAGCGGGGAUCGAGUAUGAGAUUAAGUAUGAGGGACUGUAUAAUGUUUGCUUCCAGUGCGGACGGUAUGGGCAUAGCCAGGCCAGUUGCCCGAAUAACCAUUCUGAUAGGUCCCAAGAAGAGGCGGGAACUAGUAACGACUCUACCCAUACACGACAUGAGGAACAAUAUGGUGACUGGAUGAUAGCUAAGCGUAGAGACCGAAGACCCUACCCCAAGAAGACUCAAGUGGACGGGUCACGGGAGACUUCUUCGUCCCAACGCCCACCACAAGCCCAGGUCGCAGGCUCUAGAUUUGCUGCGCUAAUGGAGGAGGAGGAGGAAGGUGUGGAUAACCAAUCUGUGAACCGCCACUUAAGAUCACAAGACACCCAAGCUAUGCGUAAGCCAGAACAGCCCCCACAACGCCAAGUGUGGAGGGAAAAGAAUGCCACCCAUGCUGGCCCGAAAAAGAUAUCCAAGAACACGAUGAGCAACCAUAGGCCUGAAACACAAGUAGAUGUCGCCAUGCAAAACCAUGCACAUGACGUGACACGUACUGAGCCUCGAGAAUCAGGGGACAGUGGGAAGGACAAGACUAAUAUCGAGGAAAUAAGCAACAGCCUGCAAUGUGAUACUAGGGAGGAAAUUUCCAGUCGAUCCAAUGUACCCCCCUCACCCAUGGAAGCCUCUGACCAUCCCCAACGGUCGGCGAAGCCACCUGAACCGCCCUCGGACAGUGGCCAACAGCACAGCCUUUCGCCGCCGGUAGGGGCAAAUAAGAGCAUGAACGCAGUGGAGGUCCUGCCUCCAGCUGACCAAACAAAAGCGAGUAGCCAAGUAGAGAGCCCUAAUGGGGGUUCCCUAGCCGCAAUGUCCCAACCAGCCCUAUGA